AUGCUGAGCAUAUUUUUUAUACUGUUGCCGCUUAUUGGUGCUAUGGAAGCCGAGACCACUACUACUGAAUAUGGUUCACUUUUCAAUCUCCAGGGAUUACUAGCCUUCAAAUACGAACCAACUUUGCCAGUUAAGAUGCUUGGUAUUGGCCUCGGCUCAAUAAACAAGGACAAGGACUGCUUUGAUGCAAUCGCAACAGAAACUAAAUUGCAGAUUGAGAAGAUCGCCGGGUUGCGUCAGGAACUGGUUCUCUUUGGGAUUAAACACUGUGGCCACGAAGUGUUAGUCGGAAAGCGGCUGUUGGAGGCAUUUAAUAUGAUCAAGGAGUAUGUUAGAGGCGUUCUGGUGAAACUAACUGAAAACGCGCGCGACGAUUUGGUGUUCCAAGGCCAUUCGCUAGGCGGUUGCCUGGCUCAAAUGUUUUCUCUCUGGGCUCAAGAGCAGAAACUUUGGUUGCCUGGACGUCAUUUCGCUGAUGCUGUGAAAAAGGAAAACCGAGUGGUCGGACGGGUUUACCAACCACCAGAUGCAUUUAUGAACUACCCGCAGGCCGCGCAUGUCACCUACAAAGAUGGGGUCCCUCAACCGGCAAUUGGCUUUCAUCACGCUGGUGGAGUGGCGCUAGUGUUCGUCCAGAAUAGG